AUGGAGAAACUAUUUAGGAACCAAAAGUUGAAUGUUAGUGUGAGAACCAUUAAGAGCGGUGAGGAGAUACUGUUUUAUGCAAAAGAUGUGGCGGAAUCCUUAGGGUACUCAAACACGAAAAAAGCUGUUCAAACCCACGUAUGGAAGCAAAAUAAGGUAACCCUUGGGGAGUUAAAAGUAGGACCCCUCGUGGGUCCCACUUUUAGCAGUCAACCUAACUGUGUUUUCCUGAGAGAACCUGGUUUGUACCAACUAAUAUUUGGCUCAAGGCUUCCAAUAGUAGAGGCCUUUCAUAGCUGGGUAUUCAAUGAAGUCCUUCCAUCUAUCCGAAAAACAGGCUCAUAUGAAUUACCUGAUAGAAGGUCACUCAGAUAUAACCAAAUGAUCCUCAUAAAUGAAACGGACCUUCAUCAUACAGUUGUGAGCUACAUUAGGAACAACCACCCUGAGGCUGUAAUAGUACCCGGUCUUGGCGAGUAUCAGGAUACGGUGUCAAAGAGAUGUGAUGCUUGGAAGAAGGGCUAUAAAGGUGGUCAGCCAGAUCUUAUUAUAGAGAACCCUAUGGGGAAGUACAUAGGACUUACAAUUGAACUUAAGUCUCCUAAGGGCACUGGGACUACAAGCGAGAAGCAAAUCCUAUGGCUUAAGAAACUGAGGGAAAUAGGAUACAUGACAGUGAUAUCCGACGACUUGAUUCAAAUUUGUAUCAAAAUUAACGAGUACUUCUCACUUAAGAAAAAAGUUAAAACAGUAAGGGUAAAGAAUGUAGUUAGCGAUGUAAAGCUGUACAAACAAAAGUUCACAUCACACAAGUACUAG